UUGGUGGAGAGCGGCGUCGCCAGAGCGAGGCUGCGCCUGGUCCGCUCAGAUCCCGCCCCGGCCGCUCGCCGCUCGCCCCUCGCCCGGAGCUCCCCUCCCCUUCGUGCCGCCUCAGCUCCGGCUUGCCACCGCGGUGCCCGCAGACUGCAGCCGCCUCUCGUACCCAUCUUGCCGUCGGCCCCGCCAGGUAGCGGCGGUUGGUGGUGUCAGGGCUCCCUUCCCCGUCCCUCCUCUCUCUCUCUCGAACUCGGCCCGGCCCUUCUUUCCCCUUCGUCUGUCGACAUGGCGCGCCUGGUGGCCGUCUGCAGGGAAGGCGAGGAAGAGUUCCCCUUCGAGAAGAGGCAGAUCCCGCUCUACAUCGACGACACGCUGACGAUGGUAAUGGAAUUCUCUGACAAUAUGUUGAACCUUGAUGGUCACCAGAUCAAUGGUGCACAAUUGAAACAAUUUGUUCAGCAACAUGGUAUGCUCAAGCAGCAAGACCUUAAUAUUGCUAUGAUGGUAACGUCCCGUGAAGUCUUCAAUGCACUUUCUCAGCUUGUUCCAUGUGUUGGAUGUCGACGCAGUGUGGAGCGUCUUUUCUCACAGCUAGUAGAAUCUGGAAAUCCAGCCUUGGAGCCGCUUUCAGUGGGUCCCACAGGAGUUCUUUCAGUAACUCGUGCUUGCAUGACAGAUGCAAAAAAAUUGUAUACGUUAUUUUAUGUUCAUGGGUCCAAGCUAAAUGAGACGAUUGAUGCAAUUCCUAAAAGUAAAAAGAACAAAAGAUGUCAAUUACACUCAUUAGACACACACAAGCCAAAACCUUUGGGAGGCUGCUGGAUGGAUGUGUGGGAGCUGAUGUCGCAGGAAUGUAGGGAUGAAGUAGUACUAAUAGAUUCCAGUUGUCUGUUGGAAACGUUAGAGACUUAUCUACGAAAACACAGGUUUUGCACAGAUUGCAAAAAUAAAGUGCUGCGAGCCUACAACAUUCUGAUUGGGGAAUUGGAUUGUAGCAAAGAAAAAGGCUACUGUGCAGCUUUGUAUGAGGGACUUCGUUGCUGUCCCCAUGAGCGACAUAUCCACGUAUGCUGUGAGACUGACUUCAUUGCACAUCUUUUGGGCCGUGCUGAGCCAGAGUUCGCAGGAGGGUAUGAACGGAGGGAGAGGCAUGCAAAAACUAUAGACAUUGCACAAGAAGAGGUUCUUACAUGUCUUGGUAUUCACCUAUAUGAACGGUUGCACAGAAUCUGGCAGAAGUUGAGAGCUGAAGAACAGACUUGGCAUAUGCUGUUCUACCUUGGUAUUGAUGCACUGCGAAAAAGUUUUGAGAUGGCAAUUGAAAAAGUGCAAGGUAUCAGUCGACUGGAGCAACUAUGUGAGGAACUCUCUGAAGAAGAAAGAGUUAGAGAGCUUAAACAAGAAAAGAAACGUCAAAAGAGGAAGAACAGGCGUAAAAACAAAUGUGCCUGUGAAAUAUCUACUGCACUUCAAAGUUCAGGAGAAACUAAAGUGCAAGAUGAGGCAGCAUCUGAAUCCAUAGAGAGUAGCUGUAAAGAAUGUGGCAGCAUGGAAGAUCCCAAUGGUAGAGUUGAAGUAAUUGUUACAAAUGAAAGUACCUCAUGCACAUGCCCUGGCAGCGAAAAUCUACUUGGAUCACCUAAAACAAAGAAAGGGUUGUCUCCACAUUGUAAUGGCAGUGAUUGUGGUUACUCAUCAAGCAUGGAGGGUAGUGAGACUGGUUCUCGAGAAGGAUCAGACGUAGCUUGCACUGAAGGUAUCUGCAAUCAUGAUGAAACAGAUGACACUUGUGUACAUCAUUGUGUGGAGGACAAAGAGGAAGAUGGUGUGGACAGUUGUGUGGAGUGCUGGGCUAAUGUUGCUGAGGAGAACACAAAAGGCAAAAACAAGAAAAAGAAGAAGAAAGGCAAAAGUGCAAAAUGUGAUAGUGAAAUUUCUGGUGAGUGUACCAUAGAUCUAAGCACACAAGAGAACUUGGGUAAUGCUUUUCAUAAUGAGUUCCAUCAUGAGAAAACCAAAGAGAGUUGCAACUCAUUAGAGAAAGGUGGUCAACAGCCAGUAUGGGUAACACAAAUUCUGUCAGAAAAUCAUUUUUCACAGUCUUCACAAAUUCCAACGCCCUGUCUGCCAGACUGUGGAAGAGGAACAAAAACCUUAAAGGAAUUACUUGAAGAAUCUGAAUGUACUUCAGAGGAAGAUAUUUUCAUUACCCAAGAUGAAAUACAGGCAUUCAUGACAAAUAACCAGUCUUUCUAUAUCAAUCGAGAACAAUACCGUCAGCACUUAAAAGAGAGAUUUAACAAGUACUGUCGCUCUAAUGACUACAGUAUCUGCAAUGGUUGGCUGACAACAGCUGGUGCAAACUAGCAAGGAAGUUGAACCAAAAGCCACCCUUUUCUACAUAAACACACUCUCAAUGACCACUGCGCCUUCUCUCUCAAUCUUAAGAAAUUUAGAUUUUUGUUUCUGUUACAUAAUUUUACCUUGAAUAGUUGGUGGUGUGGUUUAUUUUUCUUUCUACACUCUCCCAGGCUGGUGGUGGGGAGCAUAUUUUUAUUCAUCUGCUUUCUCAGAGCUUGUGCAGUAUUCGGUCAGAUGUCUGCAAAAGCUUACUUAUACUUUUGAUGCCUCUCCUCUCUCCCACUCAAUGUUUCACUUUACUGUGAGAAUUAUACAAAUGUCUAGUGAUGAGAGAUGUUCUACCAAUAAAUGUGUACAGAGAAAAAUGAAACUUCUGAUUUAAGGUUUUACAAUAGACAUCCAUUUAAGAUGAUGUUUGGAUGUAAUAUGUACAAGCGCAAUGUGCAGAAUUUACAAAUAAAGAAUAUUUAUUAACGUGCA